AGAAAAUGUGCCCGCUUGAUAACAGCAACGCGGGCCGAGGUACCGUAGAUGCACCACGGUUCUCCGCGUCGCGAUCCUCUGUCAGCCGAUCGAUUCCUCAGGGUCGAUAGUGGGGAUCCUCGGGAGGAUUCGAACACGGUUUCGUAUCUGUCGCACUUCGGAACCGACACCAGUUCGGCAAGAAUAUCGUACGUUUUCGGACACGAGGUCCGCUUUCCCCGCGAGACCGUGCCGCCCCGCGAAAUCGCUUCGCGUCUCCGCUGAUCGCGGGCUUCCGUUCGCCAGCAGUCCUAUCAAGAUCUCGGAAUCGCUUGGUCCCAUCGUCCUACUGCGCGACACUUCCACCUGCGAUCAGGGUAAGAGGACAGCGUUGGCGCGGUAAUCGAGAGAGAAAGAAUCGGUUGGACGCAGGAUCGGCUUUAACCACGCGGCACGGAAACAUGGAGAACACGUGAUCGUGGACCGCCGAGCGGAAGUCGUGAGAGCGGAACCAAGAGCGGCGAAUAGGGUGGUUGGAACGAGGAAAAGCGAUGCUAAGGGCCGCGGGAACAGCAAAGGUACAUCAGAAACGUGCGACCAGCAAUUGAGGUCAGCCAGAUCUCGAGGCUGCGGAACGGCGUUGGUCUGUCGUGCGGUCAGCGUGCCGUCCGCCGAAAAUGAAGAAUAACAUGAGCAACCACGAGAAGAACGGGCCGGAGAGCCUGAAGUUGUUGAGGGUGCCUAGCACGCCGCCGACCACCCCGACUACGCCCACCACGCCGAGCUCUAGGGGACUCGAGGACGUCUUCAAGGACCUGCCCAUCACCGAUGACACUUCAUGCGGGAUUUGGUGCAUGCGCGGCCCGACCUUGCAGCGGUUCGCGAACAAAAAGGCUUACGUAUUCCUCUACGGUGUGCUCGGAUGUAUAUUUUCGGCCAGUUACGCGUAUUUCAACGGCACCAUCACCACUAUUGAGAAGAGAUUUAAAAUACCUUCGAAGACCACAGGUCUUAUCACAGUAGGUAAUGAUAUUUCGCAACUAUUCGUGUCAGUGGUCCUGUCCUACUACGCAGGAAGAGGUCACAGGCCUCGAUGGAUCGCGUUCGGAAUCUACACGGUUGUCCUCUUUUGCUGUCUCACAAUGCUGCCGCAUUUCUUGUAUGGUCCGGGAGAGGAUGCACUUUUGCUCACCAAGGAAUAUGGAGCCAAACCACAGACCGUAAAUGCGAGUCAUGUACCUGACAAACACCGGAAGUUCCUAUGUCUGGGGAAGGAGAACCGCGAGAACGAGUGCGAGUACGCGGACGGGAAUUUCGCGCCGCAAGUCCUGUUGUUUAUAGCGCAACUGGUGUCCGGGGUCGGAGGGUCGCUCUAUUACACUCUGGGAGUGUCUUACAUGGACGACAAUAUACAAAAAUCGAAGACGCCAGCGUUGAUCAGUUUCUCCUAUUUCUUGAGGAUGCUGGGACCUGCGAUCGGUUACGGUUUGGCUUCCUUUGCCCUCAAGUUUUACAUCAGUCCGACGUUGACGCCUACGAUUACCACACAGGAUCCAAGGUGGCUAGGUGCCUGGUGGCUCGGUUGGAUCAUCCUAGCGAUUCUCUUGUUCAUCUUUGCAAGCGUAAUCGCCCUUUUCCCAAAAACUCUACCCAGAGCAGCAGCCCGAAAAGUCUUGGCCUCUGAACGGAACAAGUCUGCGACUAACAUGAAGGCAGAUCAAGAACCGGAAUUGCCUGCCUCAUUAUCCGACAUGAUCAGGACGUUUAAGCGUCUGCUGACGAAUACGACGUUAAUGUGCAACAACUUGGCAACUGUGUUCUACUUCAUGGGUUACAUGCCUUAUUGGAUCUUCAUGCCAAAAUACAUUGAAACUCAGUACAAACAGUCGGCGUCCGUUUCUUCGUUGAUCACCGGAACUGUCGGCCUGGUCUUCAGUGCCUUUGGAAUUCUUCUCUCCGGUUUGAUCAUUUCGAAGUACAAACCGAAAGCUAGGUAUUUGGCUGCCUGGAAUGUGAUGGUGGGAGCUAUUUCUGUUAUGGGAAUGAUCUCGUACGCUUUCCUCGGAUGCUCCGCCAAUGACAACCAAAUUGCCGUUCAAUCCGAUGGCGCAUUGAAGACUCUGCUCCCGUGCAAUGAGGAAUGCCACUGCGACUAUGUUACUUAUAAUCCAGUCUGCUCAGAAGACGGCCAAACCUUCAUUUCUGCUUGCCACGCCGGUUGUCGUCAUUUGAGGGUACAGGGAAAUGGCAGCAAGAUAUACACCGGCUGCAGUUGCAUCAAGCCGAAGUUCCCACCUUCUUUGACACAUUUAUACAGAAACAACACAUUCGCGUAUACAACUGAAAUUCCAUUUGAGACCACAGAGCCCGACGUGUCUCCAAGUUUAGGCACCGCGAUUCCAGGUGCUUGCCCGGUGGAUUGUAUGCACAAGUUUUACGUCUUUCUGGCUGUGGUUUGUCUCCUUAAGUUCAGCGGUGCUACAGGAAGAGCUUCCAACUUUUUGGUAUCCGUCAGAUGCGUCGAUGAAAAAGAUAAAACGGUGGCCAUGGGCUUUGGAUUGACUAUUAUGAGCUUGUUCGCAUUCAUACCGUCUCCUAUUCUGUUUGGAUUUAUUUUGGAUAAAACCUGUCUUGUGUGGGGAAAAACGUGUUCAGGCACAGGGAAUUGUUGGCUUUACAACGGUGUCACUUUGAGAUAUCUACUAAACUUUACAGCAGCAGGCUUCGUAACGAUCGGCACGUUGUUUGAUGUGGGUGUCUGGUAUUUCGUGAAAGAUGUAAAGAUCUUCGACGAGGAGAUCGAGCUGAAAGACAUAGCCGAAGAACCCGGCGAGACACUUUGAAAGCGAGCCAUUAAAACGAUCCAGUCAGAUCGCUUCGUUUUCAUGAUGUGGCGUAAAGGCUCGAGCAACGAAAUCGUUGGUGAAUAGGAAAAAAGCAACAGAGAGGAAAAGAACGAGCGCGCGCAAGAGAGAAAGAAAAAGAGAGAGAGAGAGAG